AUUCGGCGGUUGCCACUGCGCAGAUCGGACUCUUCUAGCUCUCGCACCUCGCUCCGCUUCCUCCGCGACCAUGUCUGACAAACCCGAUAUGGCUGAGAUCGAGAAAUUCGAUAAGUCGAAAUUGAAGAAGACGGAAACGCAAGAGAAAAAUCCACUGCCUUCCAAAGAAACGAUCGAACAGGAGAAGCAAGCAGGCGAGUCGUAAUGAGGCGAGCGCCGCCAAUAUGCACUGUACAUUCCACAAGCAUUGCCUUCUUAUUUUACUUCUUUUAGCUGUUUAACUUUGUAAGAUGCAGAGAGGUUGGAUCAAGUUUAAAUGACUGUGCUGCCCCUUUCACAUCCAAAUAUCCAGAACUACUGACAACGAAGGCCACGCCUGCCUCUACCAUCUGCCUGUCUGGCUGGCUGGCAAGGAAAAGAACUUGCAUGUUGGCGAAGAAAGAAUCGGGGUGGGACGACAGUGAAAUCUCAAGUUAAAACUAAGCUGGCCCCAGGGUUUCUUGCAGGCUGUAAAAUGCAGUUUAAUCUGAGUGCCAUUUUUUUUUCGUCAAAUGAUUUUAAUUAUUGGAAUGCACAAUUUUUUUAUUAAUGCAAAUAAAAAGUUUUAAAACCUG